AUGAAAUUCUAUCAAUGGACCACCUUCGUGUUAAGUCUGCAUCAGAUACUUAUCCCCGUCUCUGGAUACGACGGUGUCGCCGACACAAUCAUUACAGCCACAGUCUCCGCCAACCUUCUAACAACAGCCACAUCCACUUGGUCAACAAGCAGUACAUCCAUUGAAUACCAGCCCUUUGGCCCCUGGUCCCGCAUCGACUACAUCACCACCCAAUACAUCAGGCAAACCUCCUCUCGAGGAACAUUUCUAUCGUAUCCAACGACCGUCAUCGAUCACGGAACCACCACCGUCGAUUAUUUCGAGCGCGUUCUACCAACCACCGGUCCGGGGCAGUCGAGUAGUUGGACGAGUACGUAUCUCAGCUCCACGACAUAUUUCGUGUACCAACCCCAGCCAACGGAUAUGGCCGCCGGGAUAACACUGAACAAUGUCCCGUGCGGUCCAUGUGCGCCAGCGGGAUGGAAGGCUGACCCUACAUGCGUUGCGUUGGGGUUGGAUACUGCGUGUCAGGGGCAGUGUCUUUUGGAGGAUGGGUUCUGGUGGUGUCGGCAUUUGACGGGGUUGGAGAUUGUGUCGGCUCCGCAGUAUCAGAUGGGGAGGGUUUGUUGGGGGAAUGGGUCGGCGUAUCAUCAGUUGAUGACGCCGUGUAUUCAGGGUGAUCAUAUGUUUGAGUGUUUGGCUUGUACUAAUUCGAACACUUCUUUUAACAUCAAUUCAAGUACUUUCGUCCUACUCUCCAAUUAUUCGAUCUUCAUGAAAUAUUAUAUCGAUCAACUCAUGUCGUUCUUUUAG